AUGGCCCAUAUAGCAGCUUGUCUCGUCGAUACCGAUUUUGAGGGUAGCCUAAGAAGUUAUAUAGUAAAUGCCUUCUCCGCCAAAGACUCUACCGAUUCGUUGUCGUCUGUAAGCUCGACUGAGGAAAAGAAGCCAUUUGCUUGGAGGAUGCAGAACCCGGAAGCGAGGAAGUACCAGCUAUUCCCUAGGGAAAAACAGCUCCCAUCACCGAUUAUUGGGAAGCAGUUGGACCCUGAGCAAGCCUUCGCCAUGGCUAUGGGACAAGCAGAGAAGACCUCGGUAUCGAACGGUCUCCGGAUGAGAAUCAAGGAGCACAACCUGACGAGAAGGAGGAAAAUCAGCGUCCCCGAGUUAGGUCCUAUGACAACAGUACAGGAGGUUGCAAUGGAUUCUCCAACAAUCCCAGGCCGGCCUGCGUUACAUGAACGAUCCAUUAGCUCUCCUGUUAAUUCCUGGCGCCAGCGUCAUUUCAUGGAGUCCGUGUCUACUAUGAAGGAAAAUUUGGAUGAGAAUUCAGAAAUAUCUGCCCCUUCCGAAGACGUACGGAAAUUUACUGGUUCACCUUUAAAGCAACCUCUCUCACCUAGGGAUCUAGCACCUUUAACGAUACCCACGCAAAGUGGCUCAAUCCCGAGACUAGCGCGGCAACUUUCGUUAAGCCGCCUUAGAAAUAAGGACAAGGAACCGGAAUCAGCCAUGAAGUCUGCUCGUACUGAUGACUCGCCGAGGACGCGCACUCCAUUCACGCCCGCUUCGACUUCGAUUACGACCCCUAUGUCGGCGUCUACGAAUAUGACUACUUCCACAUUGCCAACACCAUUAUCAGCACCCGCAGAAUGCCGAGCUUCGCCGAGACCAUGGGAAAGAAUGGGCUCGAUUACGCCUGUGCUCGAAUCACGAUCGAGCAAUGAAUCCAUGGCGACCCCGAAAGCAGACUCCGAGACACGAGCCGCCCCGACCCUAUCACAUAGACGUGGCAAUUCCGAGUCUGGGAGCAUCAUGGAUCGCGGGCGUCCACGAAAGCGAAGCGAUGGGACACCAAUCGGUGGUUUCCAUAAGCGAGAUGCGUCUAAGAGAAGCGUCAGUGCUGAACGCCGGGCCUUCGAGGCCUUGCCCCAAGGAUGGAAGUCUACUGAUGCAGUCAAUAAUAUGGAUGCAUCAGAAGUUGCUUACUUGCAGAAGCAAGCACUAGGCCAAGUUCUAAGGUUUGAGGUGCUCAAGAAGGACGACGUUGAGAGCCUUUCAAAGGAGCUUCGCCAUCUUGAUGAGCGAACAGAGUAUCUUCGUCGUACCUACACUUCCCUCCGUGCUGGACGUCGAAAUCUCCACAGCCGCAUUUGUCAAUAUUUGCGAUCUCCUCGUGUUGCUAAAUUUAGCUACGAGUCGAUGCUAAAGCAAGAGGAAACCCUUGCUGAGCUCGAUGCCUCAAUUGAUGAUUGGGUUAGUAAGCUUGAACAUGCCGAGAAUCGACGAACCCGCGUCAGGCAAAAGCUUCUUGAGCAUGUUGCUGCCGCGUCUACCCUUUCGAUGGUCAAAGAUGUUGCUGGCACAAGCGAGAUUCUUCAGCAAGCCAUGGGAAUUCGGCUGCCAACCGGAGUUUCUGAUAUCUCCACGCCACCCCGAAGCCCAACCAAGACUAGUACCCCCACUCAGUCUCAGUCACCAUCUACAUCUCCUCAACGUGUUGUCGCCAGAGUCCCUUCAAUGAUCCCUGAGCUACCGGCUGAGGAGCUUGAAGAAGCUCCAAUUGACCGUAAACGCAAGAGCUCGUCAGCAGAGUCUACUCUCCAGCGAAUGGAAAGCAUUCGCAUCUACGCUGACAGCGACGUUUACGCUCUGCUCGCGGACGUCGAAAACGAGUUUACUAAACUAAACGGUGGCGCUGCCAGCCCGGAACCCCCGUCCCGACAUGAGACAGAAGAGCAACGCAAAAUUCUACACCGUGCCCGUAGCCACGAUAUCAUUAAUAAUGGUUACCCAAAGGGUCUCAACAAGACACCUCCAAUUUCACCCCCUGCACCUACGCCACCGGUCAAGAACUCCCCCACAGGCGACAUUUUCUUGACUGCCGCCGUCUUCCAGCCGACGCGAACAGGAACACCUGCAUCUAAUUAA